AUGGGAGCAAUCGGUCGGGUCGAGCGCACCACUACCUGUCCUUCCAGCGUCUCUUUACCUUUGUACUCCACCCGUCUGAUCGGCCGUCACAAAAUGAACAUCAAACACUACUCAUUCGACAAAUACACACGACCAUUUCGACACAAAAACGUGCUGGACAUAGAGCAACAAAAGCAGCAACGUGUUUCACGUGCCGUUGAACGUAUUUUACGUCUAGUUUGCUCAAAGCAUCUUACAGAAGUAAUGAAUGAAAUUCCAACCGCUUCAUCGCCAACAUCAUCAUCAGCACCACCACCAGAAUCGGAAAAACUGGCUGCGAAACGAAGCGCAAGCAAUACAAACAGCGAUGAACAAAGUGAUUGCGAGUUGGUUUAG